AUGAUUUCGCUUCUUGAGAAAACCCCAAAAAACGCACAGUAAAAGCACAUUUUAAAAUUUUCACAUACCAUAAAAACAUUUAUUUUGCUAGAAAUCGGUUAGCUCAAAGAUCAUUCUGACAUCAUCAAGACCGCAGUUAUAUGACUAUGUAUUAUACAAAUAUAUAAAAAGUUCCAUCUAUAUUUUCUCGAUUCAAGAAGAUUAAUGCAAAAAUUUAUGAUAGUUGAAAAGGAAUGGUGAUACGUUCUACUAUAAAUUUUUUAAAUUUCGGUUUGAAGAAAGUUUAAAAGAAAUAUAAAAAUGUCAUUAUUUCUCUCAAAUAUACGACAACGAGCGUGUUUCCUUAGAUUUCUUUUACAACAAACUUAUAAACAAAAUGUGACCUACGAUCAAGGCCUUGUUCAUUAGUCGUCGACAAACGCACAGUUACACAUAUGAUACGCUGUGUAGCAGUCGAUGAGUGCUGUUUAGAGUUUAAGUAGUUUUAAACGAAAUCACCAAUUUUUAAUUAAUAUUCUCUAUAGUUUAACGUGCGUGGAUUUGAUUCAAUCUUGGCUCAAAUUUUGGUUUUAAUUCAUUGGAGUUUACGACUAAUAAAAUAUACUACUUAACGUACAAUAACACUCAGCAACAACACUGAAAAAAAAAAAAAUUCUGCUGUAUAAGUCACGAAAACAGUUGACGGGACUGCAAUUGACCGGAGGGACAGACGUGCAAACAUUACCAACAGAUUUCACAAUUACACAGAUUACUAAAACAAAAUAGACAAUUUAUAUUAACAAUGUUGCCAUCUUCUGUACUUGAUUUAACGUCGCAGAUAAGUAAAAAGAUAAUACAACAGUUAAUACAGGAAAUAAUAAUGAAGAGAAAUAACAAAGAAAUGGAACACAGGCAUUAUACGCAACAGAAUACCGAAAUGCCUCAAGGAACAGCACAACUUACACCAGAUCAUCUUAUUUCAAACUCUAAAAUCAGCAGUUCUAAUGCAGUCAUCUACCCUAGCCAGAUUCCAAAAAAUAUUCCUCACGAACCAAACUCACAUAUCUUUCCACUCACAUUCAACAAUCAACAUCAAUUGAUUACUAGUAAUAAAUCCCACGAAACCGUAGAAGCACUGAUAGCGAAUGAUGCCGAUGUGUCAAGUAACAAAGUAUCGCAGAAUCGUAAGAAUCAAGAAGCUGCGUCAAUCAAACAACUUGCACCAAACAGGCCGCAGACUUUAACGCAGACUUUAACGACGUUAAAUUCUCACGUAUCAGAAAGAGACUCAAUGUCAAUGUCAGCUCCGAAACUUUUACCUUCUACAUCCGUAAACGAAAAUGAUAAAACGGAUACUGAAUGCAUCAGGAAAUGUAACUGCACUUCUAAUUGCAAUAACACUUUGUGUAACAUUAAAAUUAGACAUUCAAGUAAUAGUAAACAUAAAUUUGAGUGUUCUGUAAAAAAAUGUCAAAAGUCAUUUCGUUGGAAGUCACACUUGGAAAUACAUAUGAGGUCUCAUACAGGUAAAAAACCAUACGUCUGCACAUGGGAGAACUGCGGUAAAAAAUUCAGUGUAACGAGCGAUCUGAACCGUCACAAACGCGUGCACACUGGCGGUGAGGUACAUACGUGCAAAAUAUGUUUUAGAAAAUAUUCGAAAAAAAGUAAUUUGGAGAGACACAAAAAACAUAAGCAUUACAUGUACAAAUAGCAAUAAAGAAAAAAACAGCAUCCAAAAAAAUAUUUAAAUUCUGGAUUUGACAAUGGAAUUAUUCUUGCAGAAAUGUAUAGAAAGCAUCGUAUAAAGUAUUGAUAAGUUGUACAGAGUAAACUAAAUAAAAAUAAAGCAAAUAAAAAAAUGCUGUUAAUUUUUCACAUUUAAAAAUCAAAAAUUAAAAUAUUCUCGAAUGUUAUAUUCAUAGAGAUAUGUCGGUUAUUAAAAGAUUGAUCAAUGAUCCAUUUGAUAGUAGCUGUCUUCACAAUAAAAAAAAAAACACUUUAAUACA